ACUUCACGGUUCACGCACGCACUUGCACUUCACUUGACUUGAGUAUUGAGUUUGACUGGCUAGGCUCCGAGAGUUUAACUCCACUAAAUUAUAUAUUGUAAACUUAUUUAAAUUAGUGGAGGUUACAUAAGUACGUAAAUACGUGUUAUUUAUUUUGGGGUAAUACAUUUGAAAUGGAAGUUUAAUAAUUACUUUAUUUUUACGAGUGCAUAUAAUUUAUUGUAAGCAUCGACCAGAUUCUUCAUACAGCAAUGGCUACCGAAGUCUGCAAGGGGUAUUCCGAUUUGCUGCAAGAAUUAAAUAAAGCUCGUGAUAAUCUGAAGGGUUUGAAUGACAACAUUCGUAAAAUUAUAGGCCGGGAUCCGUCUAGCACUGAGCAGUAUAACUCUGGAAACAGUUUUGGUGCAUAUUCACGAAAUGAGACAAAAAAACGUAGCUCUAGUGGAUUUGAUAUCAACAGGCGAACUGAUCAAGAACGCCGUUACUCAGACAUCAAUCAGAACGGUAGUAAACGACGUGCUAUGGGUGAGACCAAAUCGGUUUUCAGUAGACUUUCGGGUCCUCCUAACCGAGAUGCCGAAUACGAAAAGCCAAGAGUAUAUUCACGAGUGAUUAAAGAACAACCUACGCGACAGGAGGUUGUCGCGGCUCAAGGGAGUGAUGAACAGUCUCGUGCACGUAAUCGUCGAAUGUUUAGUUCAUUACUAGGCACACUGCAAAAGUUUUCUCAGGAAGAAUCUAAACUAAAAUCGAAAGAAGAAAAAAAAGCACAGAUAGAAAAAAAACUGGAAGAACAGCAGAAAGUCGAGCGGGAAAAUCUACGAAAAGAAAAACAAUGUUUGUUUACUGACCGAAAGCGUCAACAACUUGAAAUUCGUGCUAUAGAAACAAAAAUGAUAAAAAUGCGUGAUUUCGAAACAUGGGAACAACACAAAAAACCAUUGAGUAACUUUAUCAAAACGCAGACGAAGCCUCAUAUUUAUUUUCUGCCUAAGAAAUUGGAUGCAAAAAUGGAGAAGAAACUUACAGAUUGUCAAGAAGAACACAGAAAAACUAUAGAACAAAAACGGCAAGAAGUGAUGAAAAGUAUUUCAAAUGUGGAAGAGCGUUUUCAAGAAGAUAUAAAGAGACUAGAAGAGUAUGCAACUCGCAGAUCAGACGCAACUCUUAAUAAUUCUAAGCUUGAUCGGUGUUUAACCGGCGAGGAAGAGGAUGAUUUUCAAGAUGAUGAUCACGCAAAUAGCCUUUAUAAUGAUGAUGAUCAUUAUGAAAAUGUUGAAGGACCCGCCUUGCCUUCUACAAUGGUUGCUUCUAAUUUUAAAAUCACUAUUCAGAACCACGAAAUCAAACAAGAAAAAACGGAACCUCUGCAUACAACUGUUCGAUUGAUUGACGAAUCAGAUUCCACUAAGGCACUGCCGGACAAAUCAUCCUACAUUACCCAGAACGAUAACUUUCAAAUCACCUUUAAGACGGAUAGUGAUUGUUAGUAAUAAAUCCAAAGGCUUUCCCCCAAGUAAUUCUGGCAUGAUAUAUUCAUUAAAAUGUCAUUGGUAAACAGCAUAAAUUCUUCGAAUUGACCGAUCAACACAUCAACGGGGCCGGAUUCCAACCAGAGAUGAUUCGAUCACUUUGAUUCAUUUGACAGUGCCGUCCAGCUGAGCAAAAUAUGAGAAGUUUUAGGUAUCUUGCACUUUACACCUUACUGGAGACCGCAGUUUGAAAGUACGACUGGGUACAAAAGUGCGGUGCGACAUAGUGACAUGAAACAUUGAAACAUUUGUAGAAAUAGUUAUUAUCCAUAAUUUUGCUGAAUAAAGCUGAGCUGUAUUUAGUAUUUAUAUUGCUAUAGGGCUUGUUAUCCUGUUGGUAAUCAAAUGGACGUUAACUUGACCACCAA